AUGCAGACACUGAAGUGCGUGGUCGUUGGCGAUGGUGCAGUCGGUAAAACCUGCUUAUUGAUUUCCUACACAACAAACCAGUUUCCAGCCGAUUACGUGCCCACUGUUUUUGACAAUUACGCGGUGACAGUGAUGAUCGGCGACGAGCCUUACACACUGGGACUAUUCGACACUGCAGGCCAGGAAGAUUACGACCGUUUGAGACCACUCUCGUACCCGUCCACUGACGUGUUUUUGGUGUGUUUCAGCGUAAUUUCGCCUCCUUCUUUUGAGAAUGUGAAAGAGAAAUGGUUUCCCGAGGUACACCACCACUGCCCUGGUGUUCCAUGCCUGAUUGUUGGCACGCAGGUCGACUUGCGGGACGACAAAGUGAUCAUUGAAAAGCUCCAGAGACAACGCUUGCGUCCUAUUCUUCCAGAUCAAGGCGAACGGUUGGCGCGUGAGCUUCGGGCAAUCAAGUAUGUGGAAUGCUCGGCCCUUACGCAACGUGGCUUGAAGAAUGUAUUCGAUGAGGCUAUUGUCGCGGCUCUGGAGCCUCCUGUUAUCAAGAAGAGCAAAAAAUGUACUAUUUUAUAA